AUGCGACCACAAAGCAGUGGCUCCUCCCGUUCCAACAGCCGGUAUGAGAGUCGGGAGUUUGAGUUGAAGGAUCAUCAUCAAUGUGACCCCGUGGUUGCUAAUGAAGGUAUCAAUAAACAAAGCAACCCAAUUUCGGAAAUUGAUAAUUGUCAAAAUGUUGACAAGGGUUCAAUAUACAACACAAAUUCUCAAAAAACAUUGGUUUGUGAAGAAGGGAAUGAUCCACUAGAAAACAGCAACGAAGAUUUUAUUAAUUAUGAGACUUCUCAUAAUUUGAAGAUGGAUGAGAAUUGUAAUUCUACCAUUCAUCAACAUGAGCUCACACCUGUCACGGUUGAAUGCUGUACCUCGAUGACGACAACCCCUGUCCUUCAACAGACCACAAUUACCACUGAUGUAAAUGCAGAAACAAAUUCUGCAAGUCCAAAUAUUCAAGAAUCUUCAUUGUCAUACACGACCUCAACAAUGAAUCAACCGUGUAUCAAUACAACAGCGGAAUCACUUCAUUUACGAUCUUCUGUUGCAAACGAGGAAGAAUUGCUUGAAGAUGAUCAAGUGUUUAAGCCAAGCGACAAAAUAUUAAUCGAGAAUGCUAAGGAAAUUGUGACGGAUACGGACUUUUCCUUUUCGUGGUUCUAUAAAGUGACACAUGGAUGGAAUUCGAUUCGAAAACGAUUAAUGCAUCGAUUAUUGUGCCGAUACGCACACGAGGGAGAUUUCAGUGACGACGAUGAGGAAGAGAAGAUUCAAGACACGAGUAAACCAUCCCAAAACAACAACAAAGUGGAAUUGCCCAAUUCUGUUCCAAAUAAGGAACAAGAAGAUGACACUCCAGAAAUAAUGACCGAGAGAAAGUUUGAAACCGUUCACCUUAACGACCGAGAAAAGAACAAACUCUCUCGAAAACGUAAAUGGCCCACCAAUUACGUUCGAACUACCAAGUAUACCUUAAUUACCUUCAUUCCUCAAAAUUUAUUUGAACAAUUUAGAAAAGCCAUCAAUAUUUAUCUAUUGAUUACUGUGAUUGCCGUUCUCAUUCCUGACAUUUCUCCUAUAUUUCCACCAGCAGCCGUAUUGCCCAUUACUUUUAUUGUCUUGCUGCAGAUGGCAAAGGAUGGAUAUGAAGAUUUUCAAAGAUAUCGACAAGAUUUGAAAGCCAAUAAUGAAUUGUGUCGAGUGGUGAGAAAUGGAAGUUUACAGGAAAUUCGGGUGAAAGACGUCGAAAUUGGAGAUUUUGUAUAUGUGAGUCGUGAUGAGAGUUUUCCUGCAGAUUUACUAUGUAUACAUUCUUCGAGAGAGGACGAGUUGUGUUAUGUAGAGACAGCACAUUUAGACGGAGAAACCAAUUUGAAAACACGGAGACCUUUAAGCAAGUGUUUCUUGUCAUGGAGUGCUGGCUCAUCUUCUUCACAUAAUGUCCAUUCUAUGCCAACAACUCCACAACACAGCUUGAGUGAAAAACACGAGGGAGUGGACCCUAUGCCUCCUUCCAUAACAACGGCAAGACCUACACAAGAGUUUAUUCAUUCACAACUUGGUAGUAUUAAGGGAAAAUUGAAAAUUGAGGCUGCCAAUAAGAAUCUCGAUAUUUUUGAAGGAACAGCUAAAAUUCAAGCACAGCUUAACCCCUCCACGGACACACUCAAUGGCAUCACCUCGAACAAUACUGAGGAGCAACGUUCAGUAUUGCCUCAACAACCUCCAAUUAAGGAAGCACUUUCGAUGGAUAAUCUUUUAUUGAGAGGAUGUACUCUUAAAAACACACAAUUUAUCUAUGGAGUGGCCAUCUACGUUGGAAAGGACACCAAGAUUCUCAACAACACGAAGGAAAAUCGAGUGAAACGAAAUGCCCUGGAAGUCACUCUCAAUCAAAUUCUUGCUGUAUUGGUUCUCCUUCAACAAGUGAUAUGUGCCAUCGUUGCUGGUUUACAUGGAGCUUUUCAAAAUGAUUUCAUGCAUAGAGCCUUUUAUUUAAAACCAUUGAUUGUGAAUAGUACGAGUGAUGGAAUGGCCUCGUUUGUGUCCGUCAUGUCCAAUUGGGUGACAAUAUUCAUCUUGCUAAAUUUAAUUGUGAAUGAAACACUGGUGAUUGGAUUUGAAGUGAUUAAAUCGUUUCAGUCGUGGUCGAUUGAAUCUGAUCCUGAAAUGAGAGCCGAUGGUUUAAAAACAGAGGUUAGAACAGCGAGUAUGAAUCAAGCACUCUCUAAAAUGGAUAUCGUCUUUUCUGACAAGACUGGAACUUUGACAUUGAAUGAAAUGACCUAUUCUGAUUCGUAUGUGGAUGGAGUGUAUUAUUCGGAGAGAAGCAACCCUGGUGCAAUGCAGAACUAUUUGAAAGAUUAUCACAGAUCGAAAGCAAUGAAAGGUCAGCCCCAACAUCCUUCCUUAGAUCAUGGAAGCGACAUUAAGGAUCAGAAUCUUCCCAGAAUUCUUCUAUCCACCCACACCGUCACCCCUCUGAUCGAUUCACAUGCCUUUUUCUUACGUGAAUUUUUACGUUGCCUCUCUCUCAAUAACAGUCUCAUGCCAGAACUCUCCGAGCAAACCAAGCCUCAUACUCAUAGCGCGAACUUGAGUGAAGAACAACAGGCAAAAAAUAACAAUUCGUUACCUCACCCUAACGAGCCUCAGGAAAUCCAUGCACAUCUUCCACCCUCUACGCAACCAUCGGUGAAGAAAUAUAUGUAUCAUGGACCUUCUUCCGAUGAAAUUGCUCUCGUACAGGCUGCUAAUAACAAUGGAUUUAUUCUCACUCAGCGUAGUCCUCAACGUGUAGUGGUUGAAGAGUUAGGCGAAUUGAAAGGCUAUGAAAUUUUAGCAACAUUUGGCUUCACCUCGGAAAGAAAGCGGAUGAGUGUGGUGGUGAAAGACUCUGAUGGCAAAUACGUUUGUUACGUGAAAGGGGCAGAUAGCGUGAUUUUAAAGCGAGCAUCAGAUUCCUCGCAUCAUCAUGAAUUGAAAAAAGCCUUACAACACUUCUCAGUGCGAGGAUUGAGAACCUUAGUAUGUGCCAGGAGAGAACUCUCGCAACACGAAUUUCAAGAAUGGUUUGAAGAAUACACCGCGGCUUCUCUCUCAACGAAAUCCAAUCGAGAUCAACUACUCAUGCACUGCGCUUCCUUGAUGGAGAGAAAUUUACAAAUUGUGGGAUGCACUGGAAUUGAGGACAAGCUACAGGAUCAGGUUGCAGAAUCUAUUUCAUACUUGCAACGGGCAGGACUCAACAUUUGGGUUCUCACAGGAGACAAGACUGAAACUGCCAUUCAUAUAGCGUACUCGACUCAUGUCUUGCACAGAGAUAGGACGAUUGAGAUACGCAUUCGAAAUGCUACUUCACAUGACCAUGUGAAAGCCAAGUUGAAAGAGGCCUUGGAAUUUCUUGAAAAACACAAGCACAAGAAACAUUUGGAAUAUGCUCUUAUUAUUGAUUCAAAAGCUCUGGAAUAUGCCAUGGAAAAGUAUGAAAAACCCUUCGUCCAAUUGGCCUCCAAAGUCCAAAGCGCCGUUUGCUGUCGAUUGAAGCCUCUACAAAAAUCGAGUAUUGUUAAACUGAUCGAAAAGAAUCUAUCUAAAAAGGCACUUGCGAUCGGUGACGGUGUCAACGACGUGGCCAUGAUUCAAGCAGCCUCCAUUGGAGUCGGGAUUAAGGGAAAAGAAGGGUCCCAAGCAGCUCGUGCCGCUGACUAUGCGUUACCUAGAUUUAAACAUUUGAUUCGUUUGUUGGCAGUGCAUGGCAGGAACUGUUGUGUGAGAAAUGCUGAUUUUUUACAUUUCAGUUUUUAUAAGAACUUUAUGUUGCUUGUACCACAAUUUUUCUACAUUUUCUAUUCUGCCUAUUCUGGCAUACUCAUGUAUGAUUCAUGGGAACAACUCUUAUUCGUGGCAGUAUAUUGCUUCUUUCAACCCAUUGCCUCUGGGGCUUGUGAAAAAGAUUUACCAGAACAAGUCAUUAUGAAACAUCCAGAACUUUAUGAUACCUUGAAAAAGAAGCACCAUAAUCUAUUUAGUGUAUCAAGCUUAAUAGGAUGGGGACUGGUAUCUAUUUAUCAGUGUGCUGUCAUUUACUUUGGAAUUGUUUUGAGUUAUGGAACGGAUGGAGAUACCAUGGAAAAUAAUAGUUCCAUUCCUUCCUCAGAUGUAUAUCAUUUUGGUAAAUUAAUCAUGACAUGUUUAAUGAGUGUAGUGACUCUACGAUACAUUAUAGAGGUCAAAACAUGGACCAUACCAGUGUUUCUCUCUAUAUUUGGAAGUUAUAUUUUUUAUUUCUUAUUUAGUGUUUGUUAUGCCCCAUCGGCAGAUGUAUUUGGAGAAACAGGAUCAUAUUACAUUUACUAUGAAAUGGUUAUUAGUGUAAAGGCAACGUUGAUAUCCAUUCUUGUCAUUAUCGUUGCGCUUUUACCGAACUUUUUAUAUAAGGCCGUUCGCAUGAACUUUUUCCCUCAUGAUUAUCAACAGUUGUUGAUAGAGUAUCAUCAUGCACAAAGAAAGAAAGCCGAAGAAGAGAACAUCGAAAAAUAA